AAAUUUGAACUUGGUUCCUUUUCAUUCAUUGCCACAUUUAGAUAUAUAUAUCACAUGUCGUUGGCAAGUCCAGUGGCGGUCAUCUGAAGGACACGUAAGAUCAUUCAUUCACAUCCUGUCACUUCCGAAACAGAAUACCGGCUAUUACCGGUAACUGCCAGAGACCAACAAGAUUAAAGAUAAAAAAUCACCCCUUCGCUCCCCUCCCACGCCUCUCUUUUCGCCGGCCGUCUUUGCUCUUUUCUAAUUAUUUUCUGGCAAGACAAACAAAAAAUAAAAAGAAAAAGAGAGAAAAAGAAAAAUCCAGAAACAUAAACUCAUAUAAUUUUAUUAGGAUUAAGAUUUGGAUUCCUCUAAUCCUCUUAACACAAAAGAAAAGGAAAAAAAAGGAAUUCAAUCAAUACAAAUUCGGGUUUUCAACAUUAAUUUUGAAAAAAGAGUAAAGAAAAGAAAAGAAAAGGAGAGAGAGAGAGAGAGAGAGGGAGAGAGAGAGAGAGAGAGAGAGGGAUGGGGCGUUACAGCGUGGAUGAGGCGGUGAUGGCUUACAAGCUGAAGGACGCAUCCAAUUGGUGGCGUGACGUAAACGAUUCACCGCUCUGGCAAGAUCGCAUUUUUCACAUUCUCGCCGCUCUUUACGGUCUCGUCGCCGCCGUUGCUCUCGUUCAAUUGAUUCGGAUACAAUUGAGAGUUCCGGAGUAUGGUUGGACCACGCAGAAAGUCUUCCAUUUUCUAAAUUUUCUGGUGAACGGGGUUCGUGCCCUAGUUUUUGUUUUCCGUCGGAAUGUGCAGAACUUGCAUCCAGAGAUUGUUCAACAUAUCUUGCUUGACCUGCCAAGUCUAGCUUUCUUCACAACAUAUGCACUUUUGGUUUUGUUUUGGGCUGAGAUCUACUACCAGGCACGUGCUGUAUCAACUGAUGGACUGAGGCCAAGUUUCUUUACAAUUAAUGUGGUGGUUUAUACUGUUCAGAUUGCAAUGUGGCUGGUGUUAUGGUGGAAGUAUAUCCCAGUUUUGGUCAUCUUAUCAAAGAUUUUCUUUGCAGGUGUGUCAUUGUUUGCAGCCCUUGGGUUUUUACUCUAUGGUGGAAGGCUUUUCUUAAUGUUGCAGCGGUUCCCUGUGGAGUCCAAAGGGCGGCGUAAGAAGCUGCAAGAAGUUGGUUAUGUGACGACCAUAUGCUUCUCAUGUUUCCUUGUCAGAUGCAUUAUGAUGUGCUUUAAUGCAUUUGACAAAGCUGCUGACCUUGAUGUUUUGAACCAUCCGGUUCUGAACUUCAUAUAUUACCUGUUGGUGGAGAUUUUACCUUCAUCUUUGGUCCUUUUCAUCUUGAGGAAGUUGCCACCAAAACGAGGUAUUACCCAGUAUCAUCCUAUACGCUGAAAGAUUGAAGAUGACUCAUGAAAAAAACGAAAGGAAUUAAUGCUUGUAAUGAUUUUGGACAUGGCUUGUGUACCCUGCAAAGAGAGCAGAAAAGCAAUAGAGAAAGCAAAAAAACUGAUAGUUUUGUGUUUGUAGUCACGAGCUGAUCUUCAGGAUUCUGAACCUGUCAGUUUGUUCAAAGUAAGGAGGUUGUAGAUUCUUGGGAGAAAUUGUGGAAAUAUGUCCUUGACUACUGGUAUACAGUUAAAUCGCCCCGUUUGUUCGGUCUUGCAUCUUAUAAUGGGUGCUAUUUUGGUCCUAUUCAGUAUAAGCAACAAUGAAAAGGAUGAUGACUGAGUUUUCUUGAAUUUUAUGGAAUGAUAUUCUAAUUUGCUAAA